GCAAUGUUUCUCUCCUCCACCCCACUCAGAGCUCCAGCCCUCAGAGCAUCUGAUGGUGGAGGGCUCCAUCUGGCUGCCGCUCAAUGUGGCCUCCAACGGCAACGCCUCCAGCAGCUCGCAGGCUGUCGGCGUGACCAAGAUCGCCAAGUCGGUCAUCGCCCCUCUGGCCCAGCAGCACGUCUCUGUCUUCAUGCUAUCCACCUAUCAGACCGACUUCAUCCUGGUGAAAGAGAAAGACCUGUCUGUAGUCAUCAGCACUCUGGAGGAGGAGUUCAAUAUCUACAAGGAGGUGGGAGGAGAGUCGGUCCCCAUGCACUGUCAGGAUGUCCCCAACGGCCUCCAGAAGAACGGCAAAGAAGGUAGAGGUCACUUUGUUCGAUAUGAGCUCACUUACCUCUCAGGUAUUGAUCAAGCUCGUCUCAGUGGAGAAAGUUAAAGGGGCCCUAU